AGUCCGACACCCAUUACGCCGCGUCAAUUCCUGUUGGGCGUCUUCCCCAACUCCUCCGCCCGCUUCCGCCUCCCUGACGGACGGACGGAUGGGCCACUCGCCGUCGCGCUCCAAUGGCGCCGGCGACCCGCUGCCCUCGCGCUUCGCGCGCUUCCGCCGUCGCCUCCGCCUGCACCGCCGCCGCGACGACUCCGCCUCGUCCAAGGCCAUCGCCGCCGACGAGUUCGCCGGCAUCGCGCGCAUCAGGAUACUCAAGGCGGAUAUGCAGUUCAAGGACAAGUUCUUCGCCUGCCUGUCGCUGGGCGACCGGACCUACCGCACCGACAAGUCCGACAAUACGCAAACGCCUGUAUGGGACUCGGUGAGUAAGCUUCACUUUUCCUCUGUGACCCUUCUAGCAAGGCAAUUUGAGAUUCCUACCACAUAUAGUUACACAUUUGUAUAUAUGAUAGUGCUCAUAAAUUUGCAGGAGAAGAAAGUUAUAGUAGAGACAAAUGGACCUCAUAUUGCACGUAUCUCUGUUUUUGAGACUAACCGAUUCUCAAAGAAUACCUUGGUUGGUUACUGUGAAGUUGAUCUCCUUGAAAUGCUUACGAAGGACUUGGAGGAACAUUCUGAGGACCUUCCUCUGUUGGACCCAUCAUCAUCCAAUACUACCGUGGGUAGCAUAACCAUCUCCUGUUACAUCGAGGAUCCUGUUGAAACAGAACAAAGUUUUGCCCGUCGUGUCUUAGCUAUAGUGGACUACGAUGAAGACGGAACGCUCUCCUUAUCUGAAUUCUCAGACUUGAUGAAAGCUUUUGGUAAUAAAUUAGCAGUUGCAAAGAUUGAAGAGCUUUUCCGUCAAGCAGAUACAAACGGUGAUGGCAUAGUUGAUAUAAAUGAACUGGCUGCCCUACUGGCUGAUCAACAAGAGAAAGAACCACUUAUAAGUAACUGCCCUGUCUGUGGUGAAGAUCUUGGAAAAUAUGAUAAAAUAAAUGAUAUGAUACACAUGACACUUUGCUUUGACGAGGGAACUGGUAAUCAGAUAAUGACUGGUGGAUUUCUAACUGAUAAGCAGGCUUCUUAUGGUUGGAUGUUCAAGCUCAGUGAAUGGGCACAUGUUUCCACGUAUGAUGUUGGUUUGCACUCUGGCUCUACAGCUUCACAUAUUCUGGUUUUUGACCGGCGAACGAAAAGGAUAGUUGAAGAAGUUAUUGAUGGGAAAAUUGUGUUGUCCAUGAGGGCUUUAUACCAAUCGAAAGUAGGGCUCACUCUCAUCAAUACAGGUGUUAAAGACCUCUUGAAGAACCUAUCUGAGAAGCAAGGGAAAAAGAUGAACUCACCAGAAUCUGCGAAAGAUAUUCCCAAGUUCCUUGAGUUAUUUAAGGAUCAAAUUAAUAUGGAUGAGGUCAACGAUCCUAUCGAGAGUUUUAAGACUUUUAACGAAUUUUUCAUAAGAGGACUAAAGCCUGGUGCCAGACCAAUUGCAUAUGGUGAUCAAGAUGGCAUCGCCACCUGUGCUGCUGAUAGCCGUUUAAUGGCUUUCAGUUCUGUUGAUGAGAGCACAAGGCUAUGGAUCAAGGGCCGCAAAUUUUCAAUUGAGGGUCUUCUAGGGACCAGUGCACACUCGAAUGCUUUAAGAAAUGGAUCAUUGGUCAUUUUCCGUCUUGCACCUCAGGAUUACCAUAGGUUUCAUGUACCAGUCUCAGGAACCGUGGAGAAAUUUGUGGAAAUUCCUGGGUGCCUGUACACGGUCAAUCCCAUUGCUGUGAAUAGCAAGUACUGCAAUGUAUUCACAGAGAAUAAAAGAGUUAUCUCAAUAAUAUCAACUUCCGAGUUUGGAAAGGUAGCGUUUGUUGCAAUUGGAGCAACCAUGGUAGGAAGCAUCACAUUCUUGAAAAAUGAGGGUGACUACGUCCACAAAGGAGAUGAGUUUGGCUAUUUCUCCUUUGGAGGGAGCACAGUAAUAUGCGUCUUCCAGAAGGAUGCAAUCCAAUUUGAUGCUGAUCUCGUGGCCAACAGCGAAAGGUCACUGGAAACCCUUGUUUCCGUUGGCAUGACUCUGGGCGUCUCCACAAGGAACAAGGAGCUCCAAGUCCCGGUGCUGCAGAAAUGUUCGCUUGAAUGAUGGAGGUGAUUAGGAUGUCCGGGCAUGGACGUACAGAGCUGUAAAUUGAUCACAUACAGGUUAACAGUAGGGCGUAUGUGCAGCUAGCAACUGCCACUUGAUUUGACGAUUAGCAAGCAGGAUCUAGAACUACUCCAAGUAAAUAGUAAACAAGCUUUGGAAACUUGUUGGCCGAACGAGAUUUUUUAUUGUGCAGUACCUAGAAUUCGAGCUCUAGAUGGAUGGCAUCUCUGCUGAUGCUCUACCACUGAGCUACAA